CGGAGGAGCGCGCAGACGGCGACUGGCAGCCCCGGCCGGGCGGCACGGCGGGCUCGGGAGCGCGCAGCCCCGCGGAGCGCUGCGGAGCGGGCUCUGGCCGCCUCCCGCUGGGGCAGCCGGCGCGGCGGUUUUGGAGGCUUGCUUGCUGGUCGCCACGUGCUGACGCCAUGGCACUGAGGCUCCUGGGAAUGGGAUCGCUCUCUCUCAUUAGCCUUGGAGUCCUAGUCCUGGUUUUGGCUGUCCCUGCUGAUGCUGGGCUUUCUCAGAAGCAUGUUUCAGACGUUGUCGAUGACAGCAAAGAUAACAUCACCAUUUUCACCCGCAUCCUGGACAGGCUAUUGGAUGGAUACGACAACCGCCUAAGACCUGGACUUGGAGACAGCGUAACUGAAGUCAAGACAGACAUUUACGUGACAAGUUUCGGCCCUGUCUCGGACACAGAUAUGGAAUACACUAUUGAUGUAUUUUUCCGGCAGUCCUGGAGAGAUGAAAGGCUGAAGUUUGAUGGUCCCAUGAAAAUACUUCCCCUGAACAACCUGCUGGCCAGUAAGAUCUGGACUCCUGAUACCUUCUUCCACAAUGGGAAGAAAUCUGUCGCCCAUAACAUGACAACACCCAACAAGCUGCUGCGCCUGGUGGACAAUGGCACCCUCCUAUACACUAUGAGGCUAACAAUUCAUGCAGAGUGCCCCAUGCACCUGGAGGACUUCCCAAUGGAUGUGCACGCUUGCCCACUGAAAUUUGGGAGCUAUGCCUACACAAAGACGGAAGUAAUCUACACCUGGACACUAGGGAAGGAUAAAUCAGUGGAAGUAGCGAAGGGUGGAUCUCGCCUGAACCAGUAUGACCUGCUCGGCCAUGUUGUUGGGACAGAAAUGGUUCGAUCCAGCACAGGGGAGUAUGUCGUCAUGACCACACACUUCCACCUCAAGAGGAAGAUUGGGUACUUUGUGAUCCAGACCUACCUACCCUGCAUUAUGACGGUCAUCCUGUCCCAGGUCUCCUUCUGGCUUAACAGGGAGUCCGUUCCUGCUAGAACGGUUUUUGGUGUCACCACCGUCCUCACCAUGACCACACUAAGCAUCAGCGCAAGAAACUCGUUACCUAAAGUGGCGUACGCGACGGCCAUGGACUGGUUCAUAGCCGUCUGUUACGCCUUUGUGUUUUCUGCGCUGAUUGAAUUUGCCACUGUCAACUACUUCACCAAGCGCAGCUGGGCUUGGGAUGGCAAAAAGGUGCUGGAGGCCCAAGAGAUGAAGAAAAAAGAGCCAGUGGCACUAGCGAAGAAAACCAACAACACCUACAACAUUGUUGGCACCACAUAUGCCCUCAACAUUGCCAAGGACCCCGGCCUGCCCACCAUCUCAAAGAGCGCUGCUGCCACUGCUACUGCCACCAACGUCCCCUCCAAGAUUCCCCGCAUAGAGGAGAAGCUCCCAGAGAGUAAGAAGACAUACAACAGCGUCAGCAAGGUAGACAAGAUGUCCCGCAUCAUCUUUCCAGUCCUCUUUGCCAUUUUCAACUUAGUCUACUGGGCCACGUAUGUAAAUCGGGAGUCAGCUAUCAAGGGAAUGAUCCCCAAACAAUAAAACCGGUCACACAAACAUUCCAUCAGUAAGCACCAUCCAGGCAGGAAUUCUCCAGGUUUUCUUCUUUCCUGUUUUAAUUAUUAUUGUUCAUUUGAUAUUAUUAUUAUUGUUAUUACUAUUAGAUCGUUCUUUUGUAAUGUAAAAAAACUGUGAUUUUAAUUUAAUCCCAUAUACUUCAGUUUCGUUUUACUUUGGUGACGAAAGGAAAAAAAAAAAGGAUCAUAACAAGUUGUGCCUCUAACUUCGUGAGUCUGAUAUCCCCCAUCUGUCCAAGUCACCCUGUGCUUCCAUCUCUCCUCCUCCACCUCCUGCCAUUCCCAUGGUCUGCAUGCCACUGCCAUUCCAUUCUUUACUCUGCUAGGGGCUGCUACUGUGGUCUGCCCCCCUCAUCCUCUUCUGUGAUGUACUGCCCUAGCAUUGUGGAUGCUCCUGGUAGGCUGCGCUCAAGGAUGUGGAGGCCUCCAGAGUCAGUCAGCUGGUCUGCUCUUCAGUGCCUGGCACUUUAUGCUAGGUGGUACUCCCCAGGCUGUGGAUGCAAGUGAGCUGGUCCAUUGAGGGAGCAGUGCAGAAUGGGACAGCUUGUAGCCCAAUGUCUGCUGGGGGUGAACCCACCACUGCUGUGGUCAGUGAAGCCAUUGCUGGGGUGGAACAGGGUGGCUGCAUCUUGUAGAUGUCCACAUCUACAGGCCUUCUUCCUCUGUGUCUUCACCAAACCCAGCUGCUGGUUUCCUCCAUGUCUCUCCCCAGACAAGAGCAGGUGAGAAAGGUCUUGUCUGUCUGCGCUCUUGGCGCAAUUCAUGUCAGAGGGUGGGGUGGUUCCUAUCGAGAAAUAAUUUUUUUCAGGGUCAGUCAGGAAUUCAAGAAAGGAGCUUUAUAAUGCCUUGGAGGAGAUAGUGCCUGUGAGGCCAUGUGCAUACAGCAUCAGCACUGAAAGCCAUAGAGUUUGUGUUCAGAUGGGUGGUUUAUCACUUUCUCUUGGCCCCAUCCACUUAUACUUCUUGGCAUCUCCUCUCUGUCCCAUCCCCUUCUUCCAGCUCCCCAUUCAUCUUCCUUUGGCUACUCAUCAGCCCUCAAUAGUACCUCACUGCUCAUGGGUGGAUUUAGGCAGAGAAGUCCUUGCCUCUCAGGUAAGCCACACUGACGGGGAGGAGCAGAGCCUCGGGGAGUCCAGCUCAUGGUGCAUCUCUGCGCCAGUGCACCAGAGCAGCAGCGAUGUUGGUUUGGGCCAGCUCAGGUGCAGGCUGUUUCCCAUGGGACACGCCAGGGCCCACUCUGCCACCUGUGGGGGUGGGUCAGGGGACAGUCAGUCCCCAAGUACCUCCCUGCUCCUGGUGAACAGAUGCGGCUGAGCAUCCUCAGCACCAAGGGAGAACAGAAGAAGGGGAUCUUUGAAACAGCAGGGUGAUACUCAUGAGCCAGGUGCCAUCCCACAAAGCCACUGAGAUAAGAUCCAGCUGUAACACCUGCACACUCUUCCAAGGAAAGCCCUCCAGUGCCUUGAAGAGAGGCUUUUUCUCUCUUCCCGGCCACCACAGUCAAGGACCCAAACCAGUGGUUGUCCCCUUCCCAGCAGCAGCAUGAGAUAGUGGCAUUCAAGCCAUUUGUCCUCCCUCCCUGAUGCCUGGACCCAUGGACACACUGUCCUGCUAUGAGGAAGGACAUCCUGUGCCUGGUGAGUUCUCGUCCCCAGCUUGUGGAAAGCCCUGAUCCUGUCAGCAGCCCUGUUCCCAGGGUGGGAUGCACCCCAUCUUUCCUAGGCUUCUCUCUGACCCUCUGGCUGCCCCACUGAGCUGCCCCCAGCAUGUUUCAGGUGCAUGCAGCCAGGCUGAGGCUCCAGCACCCCCAUGGUGAUGUCUUCAGCAUUGCUUUGAGCCACUGUGCGAAGCUCAGUUUCCCCCUGCCUGUGCAGGAGCGGGGCUGAGCACAAUGCACAGGAUUUGGCCCACCUGGAAUAUCCAUGGGGAUGGCAGGACGGAGCAGGAAAGGCCAGGGGCAAGCAUGGAUGGCAUUGGUGUGUGUCCUGCCCAUCCUUUACCAACCUCGCUGGCUUAACAGCAGUGCAGUCGCUCCCCCUGCCUACAGCUGCAGUGAGGAGAGGAGCUCAGACUCAGCCCCACUGUGUUCAGUCCAUGAGCACAUCCACACUAGCAGGCAGCAUUGGGCAAGAAGGGGCAACGCCCCCACCAAGCCUAUGCUGAGGAAACCAGCUGUCUUCCUAUCCUCCCCCACAGCAUCCGCACCCCAAACCACCCAUGAAAUUUCUACAGUGCCUUUCAUCCCCAAGGGCUUCCCGCUGGGUGGUGAGGAAGGGAAGGCCUGGGAGCUCCCCCUUUGCACCCAGCAUGGGGUUGGAGGACCAGAGGGAGGGUGCACCGUCCCCAGCCCUUCCGUGGGCAGGGUGCACAUCCCAGCUGCUUUUGCACAUAGGGCACCCGGUUCCUCCUGGCACUGGCCUCCUGCUGCAGCCACCCCGCUCCAACAGCCUGGCUGCCCCAGCACUGCCCCACUGUGGCCCCAUACCCCUCGCCACCAAGGCCCCCGUGCUCCCUCCACACUUGCACCAUGGUGAGUGCCAUUGCUGCUGUCCUGCUCCCUGGGCUUUCUGGCAGGAAGUGCUAUGCUAACCAGCUGUGAGGCUGUUUGUGUUGGAAACUACUUGGAUGUCAUUUUCUUAAAUAAGCUAGAUGAAAUGUAUCUCAUAAAACAUUCAUGUCACUAUAAUACUCAGGCAUAAGUGAAUGGAAUAGAAACCCUAUAAAAAGCAAAACAAACACAAUAAAAUGGUAACAAAAAGUAUAUUGUGUUUACUAACAGAAUUACAUCAAAGGCAAGUUUAAAUACAGGAUCCAGUGACUUGGCUGACUCGAGCUGGCUCCAGUGCAGAGGUGGUCUCCUCUCCUAGCCUGGGCAUUUCCCAAAAUCCCCUCUACCCCGAAGGCCACAUCCUACUGCGCAUCAGCUCACUAUAUGUUCCUGUGUCUGUUGGUGCCUGCAUCGUAGAGCUCUCUGUAAGUUGUCAGGUCUUGCCAUUGGCUUCUCAGCAGCCCAAGUACCUGUAGGCGCUGCCUUUGCUGCCUGCCCAGGGCCGCGCAGGAUCAGUGCCGCAGGGUGAUGCUCAAGGUGCCAUGCACAGCAUCAGGGCAGCAUCUGAGCCUCCUCCCUUCCUGCGGGUGAUCCGAUCUGUCUCGCUGAACUGUCGGGGUGAAUCUCCUGCCUGUCUCUUCCCCUAUUCCUUCCCUCCCUGCGAUGCUGAGACUCUUGUCCCUCCCCAGGACACAGCUCAUUGAGCUGGCUUGCCAGUGACACUUGUCUUCUGGCUCAUCUUUGCUCUUCCUGACUCCAAAAACUUUGCACUCUGCCUGAUAAAAGGCUGCCUUCCUGGAUCUGUGUUAACAUGCCUUGAAAGCCAAGUCUAUUCCCACCAAAGCCUGGCACUGUCUCCAAGUCUUUCUGCCAGCUGGAAGCAGAAAUACCGGCAUCCUUUGGUUAAAGACAACAAACCAAACAGGAUUUGUAGUUUGGCUUCCAAGCAGAGAAGCAUUUCGGGAAGAUUGUUAUAAAUAAACGGUUUAACAUCUCCUGCCAGCAGACAUCACAGAGAAGAUAAUGUUCUUUUUUUUCUUUAAAUCUGACAGCAGCUCAAAUUGGGAUAUUUCCUUUCCAGCUAACAUGAGGCUGCUGAUGGGGGCUUCUUCUAAGGGCAGGCCGGGCCACAGCUAACCUAGCAUCAGUUACUGGGGUUCACUGCUUGCUGUGAUAGUAUCUAAGGGCUCCAUUUUUAUAAUUGGUCCUGUAUAGAAAUAGAUCUGUACAGGGCCAUUAAUAGUUUUAUCCGCAGGUGUACAGAGUGGGCACUUCAUUUUGCUGUGAACCUCAAUACUCCAAUAUUGCUUUUCUUCUGGCAAGGUCCAAAGUCUUCCUGAGUUGAUGAGAGUCCCCCAGGCAGGAAUUAGAAGGCUUUGGGGGUGAUAAAAAUGACCUGUUCAGUCUGCGCUCCUGUUUUGUAGCUUGCACCACCUGGGACACACACAGUGCAGUCCAAGCCUGCAGUUGCAUUCCUCCUGAAAAUGUCAGAGGGACAUUUGGUGCUGGCAGCUUGCCUCUUCCCUCCUCUGAAACUGUACAUGGGCAAAAGCAGUGCAGCUUUCGGGAGGUCUGUGCCGCAAGGAGGCAGCGGAUGGUUUGGCUGAGGACCUCCAAGCGGGCAGGGGAGGCGGCAUGUAGUGGCUGCAAGCACCGUGUUAAUGCUGUGACAUUCUGUGGGGUGACAUGAGACGGAUGGGGGAGAAGUGGUCCCUUGGUGCCACCUGUUCCUCCAAAGGGCUGUAGAGUUACCCCCAUACAAUGUCUCAAAAGCUUCUUGAACAUCACCAAGAAGGACUGUGACAGCCAAGACAGAGCUUCCGCUUCUUCUCCAUUAACUGAGCUCAACAUAAGCAAAGCUGGCUUCGCCAGUCCCUAGGUUUUGCAGGCAAGUGCUGUGGCAAACACAGGUCAACCCUGUCCUGAUGCCCACCAGCUUGGUGGCACUGGCAGGGUCCUAGUUUGUUUGCUGUAGGACAUCCCUGGCGUAAGCAGACCCCAUGCUUGCUGUUCCCAGACACAAGCUGUGCAUGCAAACCAGCCUGUUCCUGCAAGCCUAUCCUAUAGAUGCAAGGUGCAUUAAUUUCUCAUCUGCUGCCUUAAUUUCCUGUGUCCAUAUCUUGGAUUCCUUUCAGCCAUCCCUUGAGGAGGAUUAUAGGGCUACAUCACAUACCAGGAAGGGGUUUUUCCUGCUCCAGACCACCUCACAUGGGAAGACCCUCUGUUCUGCUAAGAACCUCUCUGAGACCUUUUAGAAAUCUGGAGCCGUUGCCUCUUCCAGAGGGUGCUGUAGAAACAGCCUCUGUGCAGUGCUCUUUGCAGCUGCUGGAAGAACAGAGCAGUUAAACACACAUUGCUGUUAAAGGAAGGAUCAUGGUCAAAGGCGAGUGGCUACUGAGGACAGGUACCACUCUCUCCUAGCUUGUCAGGGCAUGCCAUGAGCAGGAGAGGACCAGGCGGCUCCCAGUGGGCUCACCUGGGGAACUGUUUGGCAGGGACAUGCUAGUGCCCCCCUUCCAGAGCCACUGUGGGGCCAUGGGACUGGACCGUUGCAGCAUGCAGCAUAAGGCCAGCCCUGUUCCCCAAAUUCUGUGCCUCUCUGGGGCCACAGUUUAACCCACCUGAUCAAAUAUCUGUGUGGGUUUUGCAGACUGGAACCACCUCACUCCUUGGUGGCUGAUGAGGGUGGGGAGGGCUCAGACAGGGUGAGGGGCACAUUCAUGAAAAUAUAAAUGCUCUAUUAAUGUCAAAGUAGGCAGAAAAAAAAUGAAACAAUUCACCAAUCCUCUCUCCAUAUCAAGCUAAACUACUCCUGAAGGCAUUUUUGGCAAGAGGUCACAGUACAGAUGAGAUUGAUGGCUCCCAGGUAUGAAUAUUUACUGUUUGACCUUGUUCAGUCAGCCAAAGGUUUUUACAUAUCUAUAUAUGUGCAUGUGCAUGUGUAUAUUUAUGCUCUCAAACUCUGUAUAUCUAAAAGUCAAACCUCUUUCUCUUUGAAAGAUAAAAUGGCCACUUUCAAUUAUUUUGCUUCCCUCUCAUUCUCUUUGCUAAAUCUUCUGGAAGGAGGUGCAUGUGUCUCUGCUGGUCUUCAGAUGGCUUUGGGAAGCACAGGGAACAAAGAGAGCAAGGGAGAAGAGCCUCUCUCCACACUAGGGUCUCGGUGCAGGCAUGCUGCCUGGACCAAGGUCACUGCUGGCAGCGCUGCCCAGCACCUUUCAGAAAAACUUAGUCCCAGGUGUUAUAACUUCUCCAACACAGCCCUUGUCCUGCCCUGGACACUAGGACGGUCCCAGGAAGACCGCAUGGCUUUUCAACAGCUUAAUGUCAUAAGCAAUGACAUAAGUUGUCCGCACCCCAGAGCACAACCAGGAAACGUGUAGCUGAGUGUUGCAAAGGAAUGUGAGGUCUCCACCCUGAGCCUUCUUCAGGAGGGAGCACAAAACCUGGUGGGAUCCGUUCCAGCUGUCCCUGGCCAGUGGAACACCGCAGGUAGGGGCUGCACUUCAGCUUGUGCUCUUCUGCAAAGCAAAGGGAAGUGCUGGCACUUGGCUGCUGCUUGCUGCUCACCCAGGUGGGAUGUGUUGAUACAUGACUGUGUGCUAAUUGUGAGAGGGAUCAGCAAAAUCGUAGGCCUUUGCUGCCACUGUGUCCUGGACUGGCAGCUGAUCUCACCUCAGCACAAGCAGGACCAAAGACAGAUGCUGGGUAGCCUGUGAGUGGUGGGUCCGUGGUGAGUGAGCAGUGUGCAGCCCCUAGCAAUGGUACCCAGUGUCAGCUCCUUUAAUGUCACCCCUUUGUCUCCCUUGUCUUAGGAGAAACAUUUAGGCAGUGAUCCUGCAACUGCACUUGUAGCUCCUAUAUUCCUUCCUCUGCUGCUGGAGAAAGGCUCUUGUGGUCAGUGGCAAUCACCACCUGUACCUUGUGGUGUCCCAGCCAUGAGAAGGAAGGAUGUCAGCACCCAUAAGCAAACCAACCUGGUUCUCUUUCUGGGUCUAUGCCUGCCUUAGGCUUGGAUUAGUCCUAACAUUUGACUGUCAUCCUUCACCACAAGUGGGGUUUUUGCUCAUGAAACUCUAGGAAAAAAUAUGAUGUUCUAGCUACUCUUUCCUAUUCCCCACUGUCCCGGUUCCCACCAGUGCAGAUCUCUUCUGUAUGCAGCUUUAAUGAUCCCAUCUGCCUAGAGAGGGAAGCCUAGUCCCAGGUUUGCUGUGUGAGCCAGGAUGCUCCCACAGUCUUCAAAGGCUCUUGGCUCUUCUCUUCACUGCUGAUUGAAGGUCUUGUCAACUUGAUAAGUCCCUUGGCUCAUGUUACACUGCUAGCAGCACUCUGUUUCCCCUGAAAAGUCUGUCGAUUCCUCCUGUCUUUUUGCAGGGUACCCAGCAAACGUAACAGCAAUCAUAUAUUGAACAAUUUGAUUUUUGCAAUCACAAAAAAGUAGGGGCAGAGUUGGAAAACCUGAGUCAUUGCCACAUUGCCUUUGCCAGGCUAUAUUUAGAGUUAAGGGCUCCUCUCAGCUGUCAUGAGGGAGUUUCUCAGCCCACCAAAUCUAGUCAGGUGGCCACAAGUUUUCCUUCAUCAACUAGAUUUUUACUGUCAACUGACUUGGGGAUAGCCAGCAGGUGAAUGUCCUAUCUGAAGGUGAGGGUACCUGCUGCUUCUUUCUAGGGAAAGUUGCAUUAGCAUCACGCUAGGGCAGCCCAUCAUGGGAAAGAGCACAACGCAACAAAUCGCCAGAAAAUACACUCAUUUUCACUGCCUCAGGUUCAAUCAGUGCCCUGGUAUGUCGUCUUUGUUUUCCAUCUUAUGAGACUCUCUUUACUCCAUUAUGAGAAAGAAUCUAGCUGGCAGCAGUUUAAUGCAUGACAAUCCUGUUAUUACAACUGUAAAUAAUUAACAACUAGAAAAAAAAUGCAUUUUUAAAAUUUUUUUGUUGACUUUAUUUUCUCUAUUGACUAGCUGGUAGCCACUUUCUUAAGGGAUUUCUCACGAAAACUGUGACCUUUCUCCUCUAUUUUUUUCUCUCUCUCUUUCUCUUUCUGAGAUUUGUGUUUCAAAUGCUUUUAGUGCAAUGUUCAAUGCCUGUUCGUAUUUUUGAAUCGUAUUUUUCAACCUUUGCUGGAAAAAAAAAAUUUGCCCAUUGUAAUUGGCAGGAUUUUGAGUCCUGCAAUUUUUUUCAGCUUUUAGCUUUUUCAAUAAGUUAAAGCAACAGAAAAAUAUCUCAAAAAUUACAGUGAAGUUCUGAAGAGAGAUUAGAAAACAUCAGAAACAAGAACUACAUGAAUAUGAUCAGCAAGCCGAGUGCAGGAGGAGGACUCUUCUGACCACCUACUAACCUCCUGAUCUAACACAUAAGGCAGGACUAGACCUCUUCACUGAAUUAAAUCACUCCGCUUUUCCACUCUACCCACUCUCUCGAACUCCGAUCAAAACAAUAAAAAAUUCAUAUUUUAAAAAAAUCUUUGACAUUGUUUUUCCAUGGUUUGUUCCUCAAAGCCAAAUGAUG